GUUUUGUUUGUUUUCACUAUCGGUUGUUGUUUGAUUUUCAAAAGUUAACAUAGUAAUCGCUCUAGUAAUGGAGGUAGAAGUAGAAAACAUUCCGUUCCAUAAUUUUGAGAAAAUUAAAAAUCGUUUUCCUUGGUAUAUGUAUUUUUGCGUAUUUUCAGCUCAUCUCCUGAUAACAGCUUGUGGAAUGAGUACAACAUGGUUUUUACCUGUUAUUCCUGUACUACAGUCGAACGACACACAUAUUAAUCCUUUAGAAACACCUGUAACCACUCUACAAUUGUCUAUGUUAGUAUCAAUUCCAAUUGCUGCUGGAGCUGUAUCAUUUGUAUUUUGGUCGAAGAUAAUGGACAAAUUUGGUAGAAAAACUACAAUGGACUUGCUUAGUAUAGUUGCGUUAAUCAGCUUAUUUGUAAUAUCGUUUGCCAAAAACAUCUAUACACUUAUCAUUUUUUUGUCACUUCAUAGAAUAUGUAUGAGUGGAUCAAUGAUAAGUGUUCUAGUUUACACUACUGAAAUAUCAUGUGAUGCUACGAGAGGCAGAAUGGGUUGCUUAAUGUCAAUACAAGUACCUUUUGGAAUUCUAAUUGGGUACAUUCUUGGUUCGGUAACCAGUGUUAGAUACUUUACAUUGAUAUGCGGUGUACCAUUUAUAUUAUACCUGGUUCUGUCUCCACUAUUAUCCGAAUCUCCUCGUUAUCUUAUAUCAAAACAAAAAAACUUUGAAGUUAUGAAAGUAUUAAAAAAGUUGCGAGGAAAUAUAGCAUAUAUGGAGUACGAAAAUAUGAGAACACUGCUACCGGCAACAACUCCAACAAAACCGACGUUCUUAAGUAUCAUUAGAGAUAAUUGUUCAAGAAAAUCGUUCUUCCUUGGCAGUGAAAUUAUCACAUUCGAACAAUUUUCUGGUAUAUCGGUUAUUAUAACCUACGUGGGAGUUAUUUUCGAUAAUGCGAAUAUUGGUUUAAAAGGGAAUGAAGUUGCUAUAAUAAUUGGAGUGACAAAAAUAUUAUCGUACAUAUUAUCUCUUUAUCUUGUAGAUAGAAUAGGGAGAAGACCAUUAAUGUUAUUUUCAAUAUUUAUGUGUAUGUUCUCGCUGUUUAUUUUGGGCGUAUAUUUUCAUCAAGUGCACAUAGGUAGCCAACUAUUUGACAAUAUUCGUUGGUUGCCGAUUCUGUUUAUUAUAAUAUACAUAAUAGUUUAUUCAGUUGGAUUAGGAGUUGUUCCUAUGGCCUUCACAGGUGAAAUUUUCCCUGAUCAUUUAAGAGCAGUGGGGGUGGGAUAUGUUUUAAUUAUAACCGUCUUGGUUUCUGCUAUUGUGAGUUUCAUUUUUCCCAUAAUAAAAGACUUUUAUGGAUUGCACUGGUGUUUCUGGCUAUUUUGUAUUGCAUCUUUGGCUGGAUUUAUUCGUAUAUAUCUUACUAUGCCCGAAACUAAGAAUAAAACAUUCUUAGAAAUACAAAAUAUGUUAAAAAGAAUUUGAAAUGUCUUAUUAUAAGAUAAAUUGGUAAAUGAAACAGAAAAAUUGUUUUAUUUAUAUAAAUUGUUUGUAACGUCUUUAUAGUACUUUUAAUAAAUCAACGGAUAUUAUUUGUUCUUCGAUUGCUCGAAUAUCAUAAAUAAAGAUUUAUAAUAUAA